AAAAUCAAAAUCAAAAUCGGGCGUUCUUCUGGUUACAAGAGAGAGAGGACGGCCACCACCCACCGCCGAUGACAAUCAGUGUUAUAAAACAAGGAAUUAAUUGAUAAUUUCCGAUUAAUUGCUGGCGGGCUAUCGAUGCCUAUUAAUCUGAUUAAUUGCUCGAAACUGGUUGAUCGCCCAAUUAGCGCCUAGCGACUUUUAGAACCACCACCGAGCCCGACCACCACGUCAGCGGCUCCACUGCCAAUCCACCGCCAAAGGGGAUGGAGGGGAUGGUGAAGAAGUAUCAGCAGAAAUUCAGGAAAGUGAAAGACGAAAUGAGUCGAUGGGAUGAACUUCAAUCUAGGUUGCUUUCCCAGUUCCGAAAUGCAUCAUCAAUCAUCGAGAGGUUGCAGCUUAUCCAAAAUCCCAAGAACUAUGGAGCAUUGAAAUGUGUUGGCAGCAUUGAAGAUAUGGUCUUAAGAAAGCAGAUGGAAUCUCUGGAAAAUAUCUUGCUGUCAAUGGAUAAGACUAUGAAAGAGUUUCACAGUAUCGUUCUCUUUCUUGAGAAAACUCUUCAUGAUGGUAGGCAUCUAGUUAAAGGGGGAUCUGUUCAGGCUGCGCCGAAACAGCUACAGCAACGAAUUGGCAUAAAACCAUGUCUUGCAGAUUGUCUUGAGGGGCUAAUCCAUGUUUAUGAGAUGCACCAAUCAGAGUACCUUCUUAAAUCAUCAAUUGUAUCAGCGCUUCCAGUUCUAGCCUUGAAGCCCAGUGGCAGUGAUUUAGGUGCUCUCCAGCAACUCUUGGUUGAUCAACCUAAUAUUCCUAGAGAGGAAGUGCAAUUGAUAUAUGACAUCGUUUUUGCUGAAGAAAUAUGUUGACAUAGCGAGGAGUACGGCAUGCGUUGUCUUCUUCUUCUUCCCCAACAGAGGAUCAUAAGUUCACUUUUAGCAGCCUCAAAGACAACUUAAGUUUGCUUGGAGAAAUCAACUUUUUUGUACAAGAGACACCAAACAUGAAAUCUGAGAGGCUGACUUGGCAAUCUUCCAUUGACCUGAGAGUGAGUAGUAUUUAAGAGUAGAUUUCAGUGAAAACUACCUGCGAACUGUUUCGCCCUUCCUCAAACUCUGCAGCGUAUGUGAAAUAAGCAUAUAUGAUGUUGACAUGUAUAUUUUUUUCCGGUUAUCUUUCUUGUUUUCUUUUUGUGUGAACAAGUUCAAGUGAUACAUUACACACUCUUGCCACUUCUUGGAAGAUUACAGCAAUCCAAACAGUAGGUUUUCUGUGUCCUUUUCCAU